AUGUUGAAGGAAGGAAUAGGGUUCAAGGACUACCUACAUGGACCAAUGGAUGCAGGAACAAAGCUUAAGGUCAAAUUCAGGACCGGGGACAUAGGCCUUCGAGAACGUCGACGAAGACAUAGGACGGUAGACGAGGAAGAAUACGAGUUCAAAUGUGAUUGCGGCUUCGAAUGCGAAGACCGUGUUCAUGUAGUCGCGGAAUGUCCGUUGUACAAGAAGGAGAGGGAAGUGAUCAUGUGGGGCUUUUUACGAUUGGAAAACGAGUACAUGCGCAUCUACGACGACGGCGGAACCUGCGACAUAUUGGGGAUCCCGGGCUCGGACACCGGCCCGGGGGCGGCUGGAGGAUUCCAGCACAUCCCUUCGUGCUCCAGCGUGUCGACGAUGGCUAGCUCGAUCAACAGCAGCAACAUUUCCUCUUCGAUCGGCGGGAGCGGCAGCGGAUUGGAGUUCCCAUGAUGGGAGGAGGCCUCGGCGGCAGCAGGGGGGUGGGGUUGGGUGAAGCACGCAUCGCGCUGCCGACUGCUGACCGAGCUCUGCGCCUUCUCAGUCGCGCUGGUGUUCGUCAACUGUCAUGACACGUGCAUGAUGGCGAUACUGCUGUGUCAUGAAACGCCUCCACGUCUGGCAUGAUUUGGUGUCAUCGUUUUAGAGAGUUUCGUGUCAUGGCGGUUUUUGGACGUUGCUGGGUUAUUUUUUGCUUGUGGUCGUCUGCACAGCGCUGUCCGCGUAAGUUUUCCUUGGUAGUGAGUGCCCCGUGUCUGAUCCUUGGUCCCCUUGACCUGGCGGGGUUGGUUGAAUGGUCUGACGGCACGUUGCAAAGCGAGCGGUGGAUACGCGAACAGAUAGGAGAGACAGAUAUGGCAGGCAAGUGGCGGUUGGAGCAAUAGUAAAAAGCGAUUGGGAGAUGUAUGAU